AUGUCGACUUCAAGGUAUUCGCAGAUAGAGAAUGAUAACGAUCAAAAACUAAACACAUUGGCAAAUAAAUUAGCAACAUUUAGAAAUAUUAAUCAAGAAAUAAAUGAUCAAGCUGUAGCAGAUAACUCAUUGAUAAAUUCAAUCUCAAAUUCAUUCGGUGCUCUUGCCAAUAAUAUUAAGAAUUCAUCACAAAGAUUAACAAGAACAAUGAAUUCUGGUAACAACAUUUGGAAGAUGAUAGGCUUGGCUUUAUUAAUCUUCUUCAUAAUAUAUAAUUUAUCCAAAUUCUUUUAA